AUGUCUACCACCGCACCCUCAGCAUCGGCCCUCCCGCCUGCGCCAUGGAAGUCCCUGUUCAGCGAGCACAUCUCGAAGAUGAAGUCGCCUGAAUUUGUGUUGGGAACGCUCGAUGCAGCUCCCAAGGGCUCGCCUACACCCUUCGUGCCCCGCGUGCGAUACUGCAUCCACCGCGGUUUCUGGGCCGAGCUACCAGAGAACAAGCACAACGAUGCAGAGCGCAAUCCUCAAGUCUACCAGAGCGAUUGCCCAACGUUUACAACGGAUGUUCGCAUGGAGAAGGUCGGACAAAUAUUCGCGACGAGUGCGGGGCACGCUGAGAGCAGCGAACAAGUGCAGGGCAGUGGUGGUGGAGGCCCUGUAGAGGCUGUGUACUGGAAUGCUGAUACUGGUACACAAUGGCGGAUCAAGGGAAGGGCAUUCAUCAUUGCACCCGAUAUUGAGGGCGAUGACGAGAGCAGUGGUGUAAGGACUGUCAAAAGCGAGCUGGGAAAGAGGAUGAGGAUCGUCGAUGAGGGCAAGGAAGGCGACUUCAGCUGGCAAAGGGAGCUGACCGGUUUCUUUGGUAACCAGAGUCCUGGCAUCAAAGGCUCAUUCAAGAACCCUCCACCCGGCCAGCCAACCUCCAAACCAUUUGACGACAAGAACCUUGCCCUUGGCUCAAAGGUCGACGAUUUGCAAGACCCCGUGGCACGCAAGAAUUUCCGCCUUGUGGUGAUUGUGCCAGACUCGGUGGAGCAGACGGAUCUCAGCGACCCAGCAAAGGCACGGAGAUUUAGAUACACGUUCGACGAGAGCGCAAAGGCCAACGCUGGAUGGAGGACUGAAGAGCUCUGGCCGUAA